AUGUCAGCCUCAUUAGCGCCCGAAUGUAACGAAGUGAAAGAACGCUACGAUACAUGCUUCCUCAAAUGGUACAGCGAGAAAUACUUGCGAGGUACCGCGAAGAACGAUGAGUGCGAACCUCUAUUUCGGCAGUAUAAGACUUGUCUCAGCAAAGCGCUGAAGGAGCGAGGCAUAGAUACGAUGCUCGAUGAGGCGAGAGCUGAUAACAAGGAGAAUGAUGCGGAGUAUUUGAAGCCCAGUUGA